AUGCUGUCUCUGAGCUGUGCCGACCCCUGGUCUGAAGGCUCGGUGGGGCUGGAGGAGGAGGUGGUGACGGCCGCUGCUCAGGCUGAGGAGCGGGACAACAGCAGCUGCUGCAGCUCCAUCAACCUGGACGACAGCCUCACCAGCCUGCAGUGGCUGCAGGAGUUCUCCAUCCUCGGUGCCAGCGUGCCGCAGCAGGCCCACCACCAGUCGCACCUGUUCGGCCACCAGCCGCUGGGCUCGGACGCCCCGGCCUCCCCUCUGGCCGGGGACCCCGCCUCCAUCGGCAUGCCCCUGACCCCCGGAAAGCCCACGGCGGCGGCCUACAGCAGGAUGCAGUCCCUCCCCGUCAUCGUGGCUCACGGUCACUGCCCCGAUGAGGUGGACUACAAGACCAACGCGCACAUCAAGCCGCCAUACUCGUACGCGACGCUGAUCUGUAUGGCGAUGCAGGCCAGCAAGAAGAGCAAGAUCACCCUGUCCUGCAUCUACAAGUGGAUCACUGACAACUUCUGCUACUACAGACAUGCUGAUCCCACCUGGCAGAACUCCAUCCGACACAACCUGUCGCUCAACAAGUGCUUCAUCAAGGUGCCGCGGCAGAAGGACGAGCCGGGGAAGGGUGGUUUCUGGAAGAUUGACCCGCAGUACGCUGAACGUCUCCUAAGCGGCGCCAAUAAGAAGAGGCGAAUGCCACCAGUCCAGAUCAACCCAGCCCUUCAGCACAGGCUCAGGGUCAACCUCCAGCCCCAGUCCAGAGGCCCCUGCAGCCCAACAGGAGGUCAGAGCAGCCUGUGCAUCGACCCAGAGUCCCAGCGGCUCCUUUGGGAGUUCGAAGAGGCAACCGGUGCUGACCAGAAUUGGGAUCCUCAUCUGGCUGAAGGGACCAUGCUGUGCUCCUGGCCGGUGGUAAGGGGACGAAGUGGACUCAAGAGGAAGCAGUCGGUGGGCUCCAGAAACGGUGCCACCAAGCCCCCUCGCCGAUCCAGCUCCCCACUGCUCUCCGUGGAAGAACAGAAGGAGAUCGGACCUCUGAAGGGGGACUUUGACUGGGAUGCCCUGCUGGACUCGGCCCUCAGUGGGGAGCUCAGUUUGAAGGGAGAAGAAUCUCUGAGCCCCAUUAUGAAAGAGGAGGACCUGACGGUGCGAGGGACCCACAUCUCUCCCGUUGAAGUCCCUACAGGGACAGGGGACAACCACGUGUUGGUGGAGACCCAAAGGAAUAAUGACAUGUCAGACCUUGUUGAGGAGACCUUCCUCGCCACCGCCUUCCUGGAGAGCCCCUGGCCAGAGGAGGAGGAACAGUGCCGCAGCGAUUUCCUCUGUAGCUCCACCGUCAACCUGGACCAGCUGUUUGACCUCGGAGACUCAUUAGGCGGAGAUCCGAGCACCCGGAUUGACAGCCUCCUUUGA